AAAUGCAAAAACGAGCAAAAAAAAAAAAUGCUGAAGGGGAAGGUAAGAAAUGAAAAUAAAAAAUGAAGGUGAGGGCAAGUAGGUCUUUUGAUGUGGUUCCAUCUUAAAACCAAGGAUUCGGAUACCCAAAACCCUCAGUCGCUCCGUAUCUCGCAGUCAAAUCGCAGAGAGAGAAAGAGAGAGAGAGAGACGAAAGGAAUUUGUUUGAUCAGAAUUAGAAUCGAAGAAGAAGAAGACGAAAGUGAAAAAUAAUAAUAAUAAUAAGAAAGCGUAGUAAUGGGAAGAGAAAGGGAUGUAGUUCAGCAGCCGUUGGCCCUAACGGCCGAAGAGCUCGUAGCCGUCAAUCCCUAUAAUCCCGACAUCCUUCAUGAACUCGAAAACUACGUCAACGAUCAGGUUUCUUCUCAAAAAUACAGUCUUGAUGCAAAUCUUUGCCUUCUUCGAUUCUAUCAGUUUGAGCCAGAGAGAAUGAGUACCCAAAUCGUUGCUCGCAUCUUAAUUAAGGCUCUAAUGGCAAUGCCUGCGCCAGAUUUCAGCCUUUGUCUCUUCCUAAUCCCUGAAAGAGUGCAAAUGGAAGACCAAUUCAAGACACUGAUUGUUUUGUCACACUAUUUGGAGACAGGAAGAUUCCGUCAGUUCUGGGAUGAAGCAGCUAAGAAUCGUCACAUAGUUGAAGCUGUACCAGGUUUUGAGCAAGCAAUUCAAGCCUAUGCAGUUCAUGUUCUUUCUUUGACUUACCAGAAGGUUCCUAGAUCUGUUCUUGCUGAGGCUAUCAACAUUGAAGGUCUAUCACUAGACAAAUUUCUUGAGCAUCAGGUAGCCAAUAGUGGUUGGAUUCUUGAGAAAGGUCAUGGGAGAGGUCAGCUCAUUGCCCUACCCCAAAAUGAAUUUAACCAUCCUGAGCUGAAGAAAAGCACUGGUGAUGCCAUUCCUCUAGAACAUGUAACCCGCAUAUUUCCCAUUCUUGGUUGAUCGCUUUCUACUUGGUCCAGAACUUCUGUUAACUUCAGCAGAAGGUUUUUAUUCUAGGAUCAGUUGCGGUGCUACUGUCAUAAUUACUUUUCUAAAGUGCUUCAUUUUGCCUGCUGUAGCUUUCUUAUAAUUUUGUUUCAAGUAUUUGUCAAGAACCCAGAUUAAGCUUAGAAGCGCAGUUAUAAAUCGGAAGAUAAUUUUUUUGAUA